UAGUCUUCUAUUUGUACGGUAUAGAAAGUACAAAGAAGUUGGGAGUUUUUCUGCUUUAUUCCCUCAAAAUGGCCAAGAUUUGGCCUUACCUAUCCUAUGCUUUGGUAGUGUGCUUGAUAAUAAGCAAUGUAGUUGCUGACGGCGAGCCGACUCCAUACAAGUACGAAUCGCCACCACCUCCAUAUCUAUACAAGUCGCCACCUCCACCUCCACCUCCAUACAAGUACAACUCACCACCACCACAUCCGUACAAGUACGACUCACCACCACCACCUCCUUACAAGUAUGAGUCUCCACCUCCACCUCCAUACAAGUACAAGUCACCACCACCUCCUCCGUAUAUGUAUGAGUCACAACCUCCACCUCCAUACAAGUACAAGUCACCACCACCUCCUCCAUACAAGUACGAGUCACCACCUCCACCAUACAAAUACAAGGCGCCACCACCACCUCCGUACAAGUAUGAGUCUCCACCUCCACCUCCAUACAAAUACAAGUCUCCACCACCACCUCCAUACAAAUAUGAGUCUCCACCUCCACCUCCAUACAAAUACAAGUCACCACCACCUCCUCCUCCAUACAAGUAUGAGUCUCCACCUCCACCACCAUACAAGUACAAGUCACCACCACCUCCUCCAUACAAGUACGAGUCUCCCCUUCCGCCUCCAUACAAAUACAAGUCUCCACUACCUUCCCCAUACAAGUAUGAGUCACCACCUCCACCCUCAUAUUUGUACAAGUCACCCCCACCUCCUCCAUACAAGUAUGAAUCACCACCUCCACCUCCAUACAAGUACGAAUCACCACCUCCACCUCCAUACAAGUACGAAUCACCACCACCACCUCCAUACAAAUAUGAAUCACCACCUCCUCCUCCAUAUGUCUAUAAGUCACCACCACCUCCACCAUACAAGUAUGAAUCACCACCUCCGCCUCCAUAUGUGUACAAGUCACCUCCACCUCCACCAUACAAGUACGAAUCACCACCUCCACCGCCAUAUGUGUACAAGUCACCCCCACCUCCACCAUACAAAUAUGAAUCACCACCUCCUCCUCCAUACAAGUACGAGUCACCACCUCCACCCCCAUAUUCGUACAAGUCACCCCCACCUCCUCCAUACAAAUAUGAAUCACCACCUCCACCACCAUACAAAUACGAAUCACCACCACCACCUCCAUAUAAGUACGAGUCACCACCACCACCUCCAUACAAGUACGAAUCAACACCACCACCUCCAUACAAAUAUGAAUCACCACCACCUCCUCCAUAUGUCUAUAAGUCACCAACACCUCCACCAUACAAGUAUGAAUCACCACCUCCGCCUCCAUAUGUGUACAAGUCACCCCCGCCUCCACCAUACAAAUACGAAUCACCUCCUCCUCCAUACAAGUACGAAUUACCACCACCUCCUCCAUAUGUAUACAAGUCACCGCCGCCACCUCCAUAUGUGUACAAGUCACCCCCACCUCCUCCAUACGUUUACAAGUCGCCUCCACCUCCCACAUAUUACAAAUAAACUCCACGUAACCCACUUGUCAUCUAAAGUUCCCAUUUUUCUCAAUUUCCUUUAUUUCACCCUUAUUGCAUAUGUAAGUCUUUAUGUCCUUCAUUAUAUUCGAUUCCACCUCAAACCUUCAAGUCUCUUUCCCCACUCUCUUUAUUCCAUCCAACUCCGUAUUAUUACAUGUCUUUAUCACCUCUCUCUAUCCCAUCCCUUUCCUCACCGUUAUAUAUCACCUCCUACCUUUAAUAAAAUAGAAGCACUUCGCUUUGUGAUUUCAACUACCAUAUGAUUCACUCCAAGAUUAAUUUAUGUGCUUGAUAUUGAUGUAAUAAGAGAAGGGAUUGUAGCUACAUCAAGUCAUCAAUUGGUUUAUUCCAAGCUUUAUGGUUAUUCCUUCGAGUUGUAGCCCUCUUUGCGGGUAAUGGAUUUGCUAUGUUUUCAAGAAUAUUUAAUUUGUAAUUGUUUGUGAUUUUCACUAUCACGUUAAGUUAAAUUCAUUGAGAAUUAUAUGCUUUCAUGU